GCCCGCCCAUCGCCUAAUGAAAGAGAAAGAGAGGGCUGCGGGUUCAUCCGUGGCAAGAGUUUAUAUAUUGUUGUAAAUUUUGCUAGCUUUUGCACUUUUGAAAAGAUUAAGCUUAUCACAAGUUACUGUUCAUAGAGUGCUGGUAAUGCCUCAAAUGUGAAGGUGUACAUUUGUGUAAAUCCCGUUUGUAAUGUCAUAGUAAAUGCUGCUUGACAGUAGAAGACCACUUAACCUGCUUUGACAGAAUUGAGUCUUCUAAUUUUAUUUCAAGAUUUUCAAAAGCUCUGCUAUGUUAAUUUGGGUUUUGUGAUUGGAAGAGAUUGACACAUUUUGGUGACAAAAUAUGGGGACGUCAACAAGCCGCCAUGGGGAUCUGUCCAACAAUGAAUAUUUAACUCAGUUCUAUGGGCCAGAUCCUAUUUUAAUUGAAAAUCCUUUCUGGGACAAAUUCCUUGCUUUCUCUAUAUCUCCUCCCGCUACAGGCUCUGAUCAUCGAACCCUGGACACCAAGUUGCGUCCUUGUUAUGAGGUUCUCACAGUCAACAAUUUAAAAACUGGCAAUUUUGGAACUCUUCUAAAGGUUUUCUUGAAAAAGACACGAGAACUUCUAUCAUCUACUGAAACAGACAACACUCAACUUUCUUGGCAAACAUACAAUGCUUUGUUUGUCAUACGAUGUGUUACCAAGUACUUAGUAGAAACAUAUAAUGAAGAGGAAAUUCUUCAACAAUUUGAAGCAAAUCCAGCUGUUCAAUCAAGUGCUGUGACCAGUGAAGAGACUGUCAGCAACUUGGAUAGUUUUAUAGAUGCCCUAAUUGAAAUUGUUGUGGAUGUUCCUCUCAAAGAUUUUACAUACAUCUUGCACUUAGAAGCUAUCAACAGUCUUCUAGUUUUACUGUCAAUUCAAAUGUUUUCUACUCAGCCUGCAGAGAAGCUACUUGUUUAUAGAAGCUUAAUGCAAGGCCGUAACUCCAUACAUUCACCACUUCUAAUGAAGACACUUCUCCAACAUUUCAUACAACAGACUAAAGUCCCGCCAGGGUUUCUUAAUCACGAUGGACAAGGUGGAAGCAUAGUUUUAGGUCUUGCCUCUUUCGGAGGAGUUUUCUCAUCUAUCUAUGCCGGUCUUUGGAGCAUUGUGACUUUGGGCUAUGGUCGUAGCAAUGAGACUGACGAGCUCCAAAUGGCAAUUGAAGCUGCAACCACCCCAGAAGAGCGCCAAAAAGCAAGAGAAGCUUUACACAGCAGAGCACCUUUAGCUGGACAGUCACUUCUUCUCCUAUUGGUUUUGGUAAACCAUUGUACUUCAGAAAAAGGUCCAUUGGAAAAUCCAUAUCGUCAAGCCCUCUUCAGUUUUUCUGCUGCUCAGAAAGAUGAUGAUGGUAUGACAUCAGCUCCGACAAAUGCUGCUUCCACGUUUAAACUCGAUACAGGGGCACUAUAUAGUGCUCUAUGCCAUGUUCCCAAUAGCGACCAAACUACUCUUUUGUUAUACAUGCUUCUACAUAGGAAUCAGCAAUUUCGAACUUAUGUCAUUUCAAGAUCAGAUAUUGAACAAUUGUUAGUACCCAUUUUAAGAACUUUAUAUCAUGCACCAGACAGUAAUUCCCAUCAUAUAUACAUGUCACUUAUAGUUAUAUUAAUAUUGAGUGAAGAUGAUUUGUUCACCAAGACUGUUCAUGAUGUUAUGCUGAAAGGUGUUUCUUGGUACACUGAAAGGGCCAUAUCAGAAAUUUCACUUGGAGGCUUACUUAUUCUUGUCAUCAUACGAAGUAUUCAGUAUAACAUGCUUAAGAUGAGGGACAAAUACCUGCAUUCAAAUUGUUUAGCAGCCUUAGCUAAUAUGAGCGGUCAAUUUCGUUGUUUACAUCCUUAUGUAAGUCAGCGUAUUGUAAGCCUUUUUGAGACUCUUGCUCGAAAAUAUAUGCGUCUUGAAGAGCGGAUAAAACUUGCUCAAACGCUUCCAAAACCCAAUUCUCUACCUGUUGAUACAAAAGUUAAUGUAGAUGGGCAGGUUUCAAGCAUUGAAAAAAGUACAACAUCUCUUGAACAACGUGAAACACAGACUGCAGACGUUGCCCCAGAUCUGGCUCAAGAUUUGAGUGUUUUGCAAGAGGUAUUAAGAAUGGUACUGGAGAUUAUCAACUCUGGUCUUUCACAUCAACUUCAGCAUAAUCCAAAUCUACUCUACACAUUAUUGUACAAACGGAGUGUUUUUGAACCUUUCCGCACUCACCCUGCAUUUGAGGACAUAAUCAAUAAUAUUGAUGCUGUUAUCAACUACUUUACAAGUAAAUUGGAACAGGGUAGCUCUGAUUUAGGGGAAAAUGAAGUUUUGGCUACUAUUCAACAUGGUGCUUUGAAAUGGCCCCGAGAGCGCCUCAAGAAGUUUCCUGAUUUGAAGUUUAAAUAUGUGGAAGAAGACAAACCUGAAGAAUUCUUCAUACCUUAUGUUUGGUCUCUUGUAGUUCACAACUCUGGUUUAUACUGGAGUGUGAAUAAUUUAAAAAUGUUUGUGGCUGAUGGUGAUAUUCUGGCGCUUUAAAUCUUGUUUUGUUAAAACAUAGUUAUUGCUUUGGUGAGAAAGAUGUACCUAUCUAGAUGGCAUUGUGACACUGUAAAAUGUAUUCUAUAUUAGGGGCAGUUCUGAUACCACACGGAUGCUUAAGCCAUAUUUCAACUAACUCUCAUCUCACUCCCACUCAUUUAUCUGAUGUGAGUGGUUGUGAGAUGGGACUGUACUCACGCAGCCAAUGAGGCCACUUAGGUUCUAAAUUCCUUAUUCAACCUGAGAGGAAGUUAAGUAAAACUUGUGUGAAAGGUAUACCUUUGCAAUUUGAUGUCCUUAUUUAUACAAUUCUAUUCUUUGAUUACUAAUAAAUUUGCAAUAAAAUUGAAGAACUGAAUUCUAAAGAUUGUGUAACUUUUCACCUAUUGAAUUUUUAAAUUAUUGACAAACAGGAUCUAUGUAGUAAUUGUUGCUUCUGUUGUAUAAUGUGCGUGUGUGUGUGUGUGCGUGAGUAUGAUCAUAGGUGUGUGUGAGUUUCAAGAGAGUUACAUGAAAAGUCUUAUUUUAUAUUCUUAUGAAAAAAAAACUCAUCAAUGCUUGACUAUCUCUUUGUUCAAGCAGAAUUGUUAUACCAUUUCUAUUUUAUGUAACAUGUUAAAAAUAAAUGAAAGAAUACAAAAAAAG